CAAUGGCUAGCUCGGUCCCCAAAAACCCGUCAUUAAAACUUCAAAAUUCUAAAAAAUUUUAUAUUAGGUAUUGCGAAAAAAAAAAUUAAAAAAAAAAAAUACUCCUUAUAUUGCAAAAGGGCCCCUUAAAUUAGCUAGGCUUCCCCAAUUCUAGGCUUAUAAACAAAACAAAAAAAAUUCGUAAUAAUCGGAUUAAGAAUUUAUAAUAAUCAUUUAUGUCAACGUGUAGGGCGUGAAGGUGUGGCAAAUAUAAAUAGUGAAUCGGAAAUAAACAAUUACAAAAAUUAUAAAUAAACACAUCGCCAGGCUAAUGUCUAAUUGAUUUACAAUUGAAUAAAGAUACUCUAUAACGCUCAGUAUGAAGGAGGAAAAUCCGGUAGAUAGUCAAGUGACAAAGUCAAAUUUCCAAAUUGAAGAUGGAGAAUUGGAAUUACUCUUACCAUCUAAAAGUAAAAAAGGUUUAUCAUGGCAGUUGGCAAUUUUAUUCAUUGUAGGAGAAAUUGUUGGUGGAGGUGUUGUUGCCAUGGGUGAUGCAACUGUAAAUGCAGGUUGGUGGAGCAUUGGACUUAUGAUAUUUAGCUUGUGCAGUAAUUUAUUUAUAACAAAGAUUUUAGUUGAAAUAAUUGCAUCAAUCGGAGAUGAAGCUUAUAAAACUCGUGAUCCAUAUACUCGAGCAAUUGAAUGUGCUUUCGGAAAAAAAGUUAAAAUUUUUUCUUCAAUCAUUCUGCAUUCAUUAAACAUAUCUGUUACUACAGUCUAUUUAAUACUUUCUACAGAAUUGUUAAUUAUGUUUUUUAAUGAAUUUGCUCCAAUAUUGACAACAACUUUAGGUUUUCGUCUAUGGUUAUGCAUUCUUGUAGCUAUUUUGAUCCCAAUUACUUGGUUAGGAACACCUAGUGAUUACUGGAUUGUUGCUUUGUUUGCUUCAUUUACAACAAUAUGCGCUGCAAUACUUAUUUCAACCAGUUUAUUGCUGAAUCAUCCUUCUGAUAUUAGCAAGGUCCCUGUUCGUAAUGUUACACCUGAGUCUUUUUUCUUUGGAAUGGGGUCUAUUUUAUUUGCAUUUUGUGGAGUUCCAUUUCUGCCAAAUAUUCAAAGUGAUAUGAAAGAUGGCAAAAUGUUGUUUAAAUCUUCUAUUUUUUCCUAUGUUAUUGUAGCAUCAGUUUAUGUUCCGAUCGGAAUACUUGGAAUGGUUUUGCUAGGUAAUAAUAUCAAUCCAAAUGUUAUUAUGAAUGUUAUAGACCAAUCUAAAAGUUUACAAAAUGCUUAUUUGAAAGGCGUUUUAAAAAAGUUGGGAUAUACUGCAUUAGUUCUUCUUGCUGGACAUUUCUUAUUUGCUUACAAUCUUAUAUUCAACAGCCUUGCUCAAGAAUUAGAAGAAGUACUUAAAAUAAAACGAGUAUUUUGUUGGCAAAGAUGUCUUCUACGAACAUUUUUUGUUUUAUUAACUUUAACUCUUGCUCAAACCAUUCCCAAAUUUGAAAUUAUCUUAUCAUUGGCUGGUGGUGUAUUGAUGACCUCACUCUCCUAUAUUAUUCCUUCUUUAAUGUACAUUAAGCUUAUUGAUAAUGUGAGUAUUUCUUAUAAAUGCAUAAUGGCUGUGAUAUGUACAGGCGCUGCAAUAGCAUGUUUUGGUUCUAUUUAUUCAAGUGCCAUAAAGAUUUUUAAUUUUUAUAAGAAUCCAGUCUAGUUGCUUUUACGUUACUCAAGAUAAAUUUUUUAAUAUUUUACGCAAUAUAUAUUGUAUAUUAUUAAAAUUUAUACAUAGUUACUGUAAAUAGUAUUAAUUGCUAUCAUUAGUUAUCAUGGGUUUUGUAUAAUCCUAAAUAAUUAUUUAAUAAUUUUUAAUUUAUUAAUUUUGAUUUUCCUUUUUUAUAAAAUCUUUCUCUUUCUUUUUUAUAUUAAAAUUUUUAACUGACUUUUCUUUUACUUAGUUAAUUAGUUCAUUUGUGUAGUUGUUUUGCAAAGAGAUUUUUUUAGCAACCAAUUUUUUAAUAUUUAAUAUGAAUUUCGUCUUAUUUAUAUGUUAAUAUAAUGGAUACAAAUGUUAAUAAAUGUCAGUAUAUUGAUAUAUAAAACGUUUACACGUUUCUAUUAUAUUUCUAAAUGCUUGUGAUGAAUUUUAAUGUACAUACCUUAAGAUAAAUGUAAUUAAUUUUAUGUGCGUUUUAUGUAAUUGGCAAUAAAUGAUUUAAUUUUGUGUGUUUUUGUGUAAUGUUGAAUUUAUUUGGUGUAUAUUUGUGAAAUUGAUGACGAAUGAUUUGAUUGCGUGUGUUUUUGUGUAAUGAUGAUUUUAAUUUUUCAAGUAACGGUAUUUAUACUUUGUAAUUUGUUUUUUUAUUAUUUAAUAUAUUGUAUACAAGUUA